AUGUGGAAUAACGAACUGGAACUAAAAUUCAUUGAAUAUUUUCAAUCCGAGCCCAUUUUAUGGGAUGCAAAACACCGGCAUUAUAAGGACAAAAGUUUAAAUCACGAUGCCUGGAACCGACUCGCAGAGUUAAUGAAAAUAGAAGUACCUGAACUAAAAAAGAAAAAAGAUUCUCUGUUUGCGAGUUACAGGAAAUAUAGAAAAAUGGCAGAGGAGCCUAGCACAAGCACUGAGGAUAGGGAAGCCACACAAACUAUCAAUGAAACAAGGACACAACAGACGAGUCGUUCUCGAGUGAUUCAGUCAGAGGUGAAAGAAGCCGGAAAAGUUUUAAAUGAAGCUUUAAGUACCUUUCAGGAAAACAUUAAAAAACGAGAAUCUCAGAUCCUUCCAGAUGAUUGUGAAGUCUAUGGAAUUAUGUUAGCAAAAAAAUUGCGCACAUUCUCCGAAAUUGAGAAAUUAGAAAUAAUGUAUGAGAUAGAUGGCAUAAUUAUUAAUCACCGCCGUGCAAAGCAAUCACCCCAAUUUUCACGGAAUACUUUUACACCAUCUCCUUCUACAAUAGGUAGACCAUCAUCAUCGAUGUCUAGCUAUUCUGAACCAUUACCAUGUGUUUAUCAACAGAACACGCGCAUGGCAUAUUCUGAACCACAAAUUCACAUUCUAGAUAGACAAAAUAUACGCCAGGUGCAUUCUGAACCACCACAAAUUCAUAUCCCGGAAGAACAAAAUACAGGCCAGUUUUAUGAACUACCACCAGUUCAAAUAUCAGAAGGGCAAAAUACACAAAUCGGAGAUGAUACAAGAGUGCGCAUACUUCGAAAUGAAUUGGUCUCUGAUGUUAUUUCUGAAGCUUACAAUAAUGCUUAG